GAACGGACAAAAAAAUUAGGUGCCCCGCAUUGACAAUCAGAGAGAGAGUCAUUUGUUAAAGUCAGCAAGUUGGACUUUUGUUGUUUCUGCCUGUUUCCCUCAACUAAACCUCUGUAAGUUGUCCAUUGUGAUGCAAUCAAAUCCAAAACAUCACACAAGUCAGCACCUCUUUCUUCAUUUCAAAUCUACCCUCAAAUUUAUUUAUAAUUAUUAUUUCAUUUCUUAGAUUCUUAUCAAAGAUAAAAGAACUUUCCUUUUUCUGUCUUCAACUUUGAUAAGACUUGUGUUCUUUAUCUCUCCUACACCAUCUUUCCUUUCAUUUCAAAAUUUUCUCCUAUCUUUGUCUUCUCUAGAUUCUACCCAUCACUGUUUUUCCUUUGAAAAAAACAUCAUAAACAAAUAAAAAAUACAUUUUUUUCAAGAGGGUUUGGUUUCAAAAUCUUGCAGCAGAUCUGUUUGAUGAAAGGUUGUUGAGGUUAGGUUCUUUUGUCACUGUUUAUGUCUACAACCCCCUUUUCUUUAUUCACCUUAAAUUUCAAAUCUUUACUCGUUUCUAACAUCUCAAAUAAGCAAAGAUUUGAUUUUUCAGCAAAAGGGUCAAAUUAAAGUGUCAUUGUUGUUGUUGAGUUUAUCUCUAAUUUGAGUAUCAUGGGUUUUUGUUUUUUGAGUCAAAGUUCAAAACUUUCAUGUGGGGACUAAUGGAUCUCACUUCCUUUACUUGUUUGUGUAUUGAUUGUUGUCUUACUUUCUUGUUUUUUUAAUGGACACUGUUGAUUGCUUCAUUUACAAGCUGUUGUCAUAUGGUCCAUGUUCUACUUUGUUUAAGGGUAUCCUAUCUCUUUCUUCAAGGUUAGUGUAUUUUUUUUAGGAGUUUUCAUAGAUCUCUUGUUCUUGGGAUUGGUGUGAUCUAAGUCAUAUCCUUGAAAUUGGUGCUUUUUCUUCUUUGCAUAGUGCAAGUUGUGAUUAAAAAAGGUUGCUUCAUUUGAGGUUCUUGUCAGUGAUACUAUUACUAGCCUCUGUUGUGUGUUGUCUAUGGGAGCUUAGAGUCUUUCUUUUGAGAUAAACUUUAUUGUUUUAGUUUCAGAAUGGUGUUAGUAAGAAGUUUCUUGUUAACACUAUUUCAAUGUUGUGUCUUAUCUUGGUUUUUUUGUUUGUCUUUGAGUCUUGACAAUGGAACAAAAUCAUGUGAUCCUAGUGAUUUAUCAGCUUUGAAGGAUUUUGCAGGAAACCUUACAAAUGGUUCUUCAAUUUUGAAAGCAUGGUCUAAUGAUAGUGUUUGUUGCAAUUGGAUGGGAGUUUUUUGUGGUGAUAACAAUGGAGAAUCUGUUAAUAGAGUGACCAAGUUGAUCCUUUCUGAGAUGAGUCUAAAUGGAACAAUUUCACCUUCUUUAGCAAAACUAGAUCAUCUCAAUGUGUUGAAUCUUUCAUUCAAUCAUCUUGAGGGUAAAUUGCCUUCAGAAUUUUCCAAGUUGAAGAUGUUGAAGUUUCUUGAUUUGAGCUAUAACAUGUUAUCAGGACCUGUUAAUGAUACACUUUCUGGUUUGAAUUCCAUUGAAGUGUUGAAUGUUUCGAGCAAUUCAUUUUCCGGAGAGUUCUUUCAUCUUGUGGAAUUUCCACAUCUACUUGCUCUUAAUGUGAGUAACAAUUCAUUCACAGGUAGAUUCAGUUCUCAACUUUGUAAUUCUUCUAAGAAUCUUCACACACUUCAUUUAUCUUCGAACCUUUUCGAUGGUAAUCUUGAAGGUUUGAACAACUGUAACAAAUCUCUCCAAAGGUUGCAUUUGGAUUCCAAUUCAUUUUCUGGCCCUUUACCUGAUUCUUUGUAUUCAAUGUUGGCCUUGGAGCAAUUAUCACUUUCUGCCAACAAUUUUUCUGGCAUGUUAAGCAAUGAGUUAAGUAAGCUUUCUAGCCUAAAAUCUCUUGUGGUUUCUGCGAACCGUUUUUCUGGCAAAAUUCCAAAUGUUUUUGAGAAUUUUUUGCAGUUAGAACAAUUUGUAGCACAUGCUAAUUCAUUUUCUGGAUCAUUACCUUCCACUUUGUCUUUAUGCACUAAACUUAGAGUUCUUGAUCUUAAGAAUAAUUCAUUGUCAGGUUCAAUUGAUCUUAAUUUCACCGGUUUGUCCAAUCUUUGUUCACUCGAUCUUGCUAGUAAUCAUUUUACCGGACCACUUCCUAGUUCAUUGUCCUAUUGUCGUGAAUUGAAAGUUUUAAGCCUCGCUAGGAAUGGUUUAAAUGGUUCUAUACCUGAAAGCUAUGCCAAAUUAUCUUCUCUUUUGUUUGUGUCAUUUUCAAACAAUAGCUUAGUGAAUUUAUCUGGUGCACUUUCUGUUCUUCAGAACUGCAAAAACCUCACAACUCUAAUCCUUACUAAGAAUUUCCGCGGCGAAGAAAUUCCGCAAAGUGUACCAUCAGCAGGAUUUGAAAGUCUUGUGGUGUUAGCACUCGGAAACUGUGGUCUUAAAAGUUAUAUUCCUUCUUGGCUAUUGAAAUGCAAGAAAUUGGCGGUACUUGAUUUGUCUUGGAACUCAUUGAAUGGUAGUAUUCCUUCGUGGAUUGGUGAAAUGGACCGUUUGUUCUAUUUGGAUUUCUCAAACAAUUCUCUCACGGGAGAAAUACCGAAAAGUUUGACAGAGUUGAAGGGACUGGUGUGUUCAAAUUGUGGAAGACCGAAUUUUGCUUCUUAUGCUUUCAUUCCUCUCUUUGUGAAGAGAAAUACUAGUGCUAGUGGUUUGCAAUAUAAUCAAGCUUCAAGUUUCCCUCCUUCAAUUUUAUUGAGCAAUAACAUGUUAAAUGGGAGUAUAUGGCCCGGAAUCGGUAAGUUGAAGGCACUUCAUGUGAUGGAUUUCAGCAGGAACAAUAUCAGCGGCACAAUUCCGAGUAGUAUUUCAGAGAUGGAGAAUUUGGAAACAUUGGAUUUAUCUUAUAAUAAUCUAUCUGGAACAAUCCCUCCUUCAUUUAACAACCUCACAUUCUUGUCGAAGUUCAGUGUGGCGCAUAAUCACUUGCAAGGUCCGAUUCCAAGUGGGGGGCAGUUUCUAAGCUUCCCUAGUUCGAGCUUUGAGGGUAAUUUGGGACUUUGCAGGGACAUUGAUAUUGAUAGUACUCGAUGCAAAGUUGUUAACAACAUGAGGCCAAAUUUGCCUUCUCAUUCGUCAAAAAAAAUUAGUAGAAGCAGUGUAUUUGGCAUAACAAUCAGCAUAGGGGUAGGGCUUGCUUUGUUGCUUGCAAUUAUCGUGCUAAGAAUGUCAAAGAGGGAAGAUAAACCUAUUGAUAACUUUGACGAGGAGAUGAAUACUAGGAGGUCACACAGGUUAUCAUCCGAAGGAUUUGUUUCAUCGAAAUUGGUCCUUUUUCAGAAUUCAGAUUGCAAGGAUCUCGCAGUUUCUGAUUUGUUAAAAGCAACAAACAAUUUCAACCAGGCAAACAUUGUUGGCUGUGGCGGCUUCGGUCUUGUUUACAAGGCAUAUCUUCCGAACGGCAUGAAAGCAGCCGUUAAGAGGCUUUCUGGCGACUGUGGUCAGAUGGAACGCGAAUUCCAAGCCGAAGUUGAAGCCCUCUCGAGAGCUCAACACAAGAACCUUGUUUCUCUUAAAGGCUAUUGUCGGCAUGGCAACGAUCGAUUGCUAAUUUACUCAUAUAUGGAGAAUGGUAGCUUGGAUUAUUGGCUUCACGAGUGCGUGGAUGGAAAUUCAGCUCUGAAAUGGGAUAUACGACUCAAGAUUGCACAAGGCGCGGCUCGUGGAUUAGCUUACUUGCACAAGGGGUGUGAACCGUUCAUAGUCCACCGUGAUGUUAAAUCUAGCAACAUACUUUUGGAUGAUAAAUUUGAAGCUCAUUUGGCAGAUUUUGGUCUCUCAAGACUACUUUCACCGUACGAUACUCACGUCACAACAGACUUAGUAGGAACUUUAGGUUAUAUUCCUCCAGAAUAUAGUCAGACACUGACAGCAACAUUCCGUGGCGAUGUCUAUAGUUUCGGCGUUGUUCUUCUCGAGCUUCUUACCGGUAGAAGGCCUGUGGAAGUCAUCAAGGGGAAAAAUUGCAGGAACUUGGUGUCUUGGGUUUAUCAGAUGAAAUAUGAAAAGAAGGAGCAAGAAAUUUUUGAUCAAGCCAUUUGGGAAAAGGAGAGGGAGAAACAACUAUUGGAGGUUCUUGGCAUUGCUUGUAAAUGUCUAGACCAAGAUCCAAGACAAAGACCUUCGAUUGAAAUGGUUGUUUCAUGGCUUGAUAAUGUAAGAUUUGAUGGCAUUCAACAAUGAUAGUUCUUGCUUUGGUUGGUGUAUCAUCUUUGACAAAAAACAUACAUUGUAAAGCAAGUUUGUUAUAUGAUGGUUGAAUUUAAUGUUCUUGUCAUUUUUUGUUUUGAAUAGGUAAAUGUUAUUAUAUAUAUAUUAGUUGUUAUGUUAAUAUUUUCUCUUUUCGUUAGGGUUUUAACUUCAAUCGAUUUGUCUGUUAAUUUCUUUAACCCUCAGCUCACACCAGUUGAGAUAUCCCGAAGUUAUGGCUACACUCUUAUUUCAAUGUUUAGGCCUGUUUUAACAUGUACUUAAAGCAAUAAUUUUUGUGUCAAGAAAUCUAGCAAAAGCAAUAUAAAAGUGUACCCUUUUCAUUUUUAUAA